UUCACCUUUGCUGGGGGGGUCUGUCUCCGUGUCUGGCUGCCUUGCCUCGCCGCACCGCAAAGCACAAACCCACCGCUUCAGCCACCACCCAGAGCAGAGCAGUUGAGGCUUCGGCGCGGCUGCGCGAGUGCACGAGCGCAACCGCUUCUUCCCGGAAAAGGCAAAAGGAGGCGCGCCCCGUCCCCAGUCGCCGCCCGCAAGAUUCGACGCGGAUUAGGCCACAGUCUCCCUAUCUCUCUCUCCCCUCCCACCAAAUUCGCACCGGGCAGGCGGCGCAUCCUGAAUCCCGCUCCCCUCCCAAAACCCUAGCGGCUUCCGACCGGCCUCCCAGGCCAAUCCGAUCGAGAGCUGCCGCCGCGCAUUGGUUGAGGUUUGACUUUGUACUGCCCCCAAGAAUCAAGAUCGCAUCUCCAGUGGAAGGCACAGCAAUUAAAUAACGCUAUCUACUGCGUCAUUAAUACUCUGGUUUGGAACUGCGGCAGAGGCUGUACAUCUCAACUGAGGAAGCUGGGGGUGUGAGGCCUGUAGGCCUUUGCCCGUGGCAUGGCGACCGCGACAAUGGCAACCGCAGCAGGGGCUGCCGCCCUGCUUUACUAUACGCUGAACCGGCGCCUGCAGACAGAGAGACUGAAUCAGGAAGGGGAAUGCAGCAACAGCAGGGAUGUGGGGGCCAGGGGUGUGCCAGAUUCUCCCAGCAGGAGUCGGGUGUCACGGAGGGAUGUGCGAGCCCCUGCUACUUGGCUAGAGACCAUCUCGACUCUGUCAGAGACAUUGCGGUUCACGUAUUCAGAGACCCUUGGGAAGUGGCCCAUCGGUGACCUUGCUUUUGGGAUCAGCUUCCUCCUCAAGAGGCAGGGAAACUUAUCAGUAGCAAGCAUAUAUGCUGGAAAUGAUAGUGUGGAGCUCAAAGGAGCGGAAGUGAUUUCGGACUUGAAGUAUCAUCUGAAUUUGCUGACACUUUGCUGGCAUUUCUCGAAAAAGCCAUUCCCAUUGUUUUUGGAGGCAACUGGCUACUCUGCGGAGGAUGUUCUUAUGCAAGAACCUAAAGCAGGAAUUUUGAAGCCAGCUUUCACUAUUUUGCUUGAUAGAGACAAACAGUGCAUACUUUUAUUAAUUAGGGGAACUCAUAGCAUCAGAGAUACAUUAACAGCUGCCACUGGCGCUGUGGUUCCAUUUCACCAUACAAUUUUACAGGAAGGUGGCGUUAGCGAUUUAGUACUAGGAUAUGCUCAUUUUGGGAUGGUUGCAGCUGCUAGGUGGAUUGCAAAGCUCGCAGCACCUUGUCUGGCACAAGCAUUACACAUGUAUCCAGACUUUAAAAUAAAGGUUGUUGGACAUUCACUUGGGGGUGGUACAGCUGCUCUCUUGACAUACAUCCUGAGGGAGCAGAAGGAGUUUGCCUCUACUACUUGUGUGGCGUUUGCUCCAGCUGCAUGUAUGACGUGGGAACUGGCAGAGUCAGGAGUGCAUUUUAUCACUACAGUCAUCAAUGGAGCUGAUUUGGUUCCAACAUUUUCAGCUGCUUCAGUCGAUGAUCUUCGUUCAGAGGUGACAGCAUCUGCUUGGCUAAAUGAUCUCCGUCACCAGAUUGAACAAACCAGAAUCCUAAGCACUUUUUAUCGUUCUGCGUCAGCCUUGGGAUCCCGACUCCCUUCUAUGGCAAAUGCUAAAGCAAGAGUAGCUGGUGCUGGUGCCAUCUUAAGACCAGUAUCUACCGGGACACAGGUUGUAAUGAGGAGAGCUCGUAGUGUAGCGCAGGCAGCAUGGACAAGACCGGCACUACAACUAUCCUCAUGGACUUGUAUUGGACCAAGACGGCGAAAUAAUGUUUCAUCUACCUCAACUGUCACAUCAGAGGAAAUAAGAACAUCUACAAGUGGUGGAUUGGAAUCCACUUCGCUGUUGACUGAAACCACUGUAGAAGCCUCAGAGACAGUUGCAUCAGGAGCUAUCCAAAGCACUGCAUCAGAAGACAUUCAGAGUUCUGUUGCUGUGGCGGUCGAUGCUAUUGGCUUGGUAGAUGACAAGGUAGACAGCGAUGACGACAUCGUUGAUCACCAUGUGGACGAGGACAGGAUGACUGAUGUGGAGCUGUGGCAGCAACUCGAAAGCGAGUUGUACAGGAAGAGGGAAGGAGAAGACGAUGACAUAGUAGAAGAGAUGACUGAAAGUACAAUUGCUGAGGAGGUGGGUGGCGUGGCUGAAGAUGUGCUCAGUGAGACGAAGGAAGUGCAUAGGUUUUACCCUCCUGGAAAAAUCAUGCAUAUAUUAACUUCCUGUAGAGAAGAAACAGCUCAUGAAGAGGAAUCUGAUGUUCAUCAGGAUGAUGCAACAAAUGGGGAGUCAGAGAGCAGCAUGGGGAUCUUCUUGACGCCAAGAUCUCUGUAUGGCAAGCUGAGGCUUUCGAAAAUGAUGAUCAAUGAUCAUUACAUGCCUAUAUACAGAAGAAACAUCGAGCAGCUGAUCUCUGAGCUUGAGAAGGAUUCCUCUGAUCCUAUGGAUGAGUCUUAACAAUACAUCUUCAUAGUUAAAUACAUAUACUUCCAUGUAGUUGUUAACCGUUGUAAAAGCUGAUGAAAUAGGUGCUAGUUACGAUAAAUGUAUCUAAACAUUAUUUGAAAUUUAUCACCGUUCGCCACAACU